UGCACGCCAAACAUCAAAGAACUGCACUGUAGCUGCAUAUGAGCUGAGACUAGAUCGACCUAGAAAUACACUGUACAUUUACAGCCAGGAUCAGGAGGGACUUUAAUUAAGCAGAUUUGUAGUUAGUUGACAUUACAAUCGCCCGAAGUAAAGUUCUGAAAUUUUAUUGGAUAUGUCUUCUUCAAAAUCAGCAGUAUUGAAGCUGGCCCUUGUGCAGAUGGCCGUAUCUGCCAACAAGAGUGAGAACCUGAGUCGAGCUGUGAGGAUGAUCGGUGAGGCUGCCCAGGCCGGAGCUAAGAUCGUUACCCUCCCUGAAUGUUUCAACUGUCCUUACGGCACCCAGUUCUUCCGGGAAUAUGCAGAGAACAUCCCAGGCAACUCCAGUCAAACACUAGCUGCAGCUGCCAAAGAACACAAGAUAUUUGUGGUAGGAGGUUCCAUACCGGAGGAAUCUGAUGGUAAGGUCUACAACACGUGCACUGUCUUCGAUCCAACAGGAACCUGCAUUGCUAAACACAGAAAGAUCCAUCUCUUUGACAUCGAUGUGCCAGGAGGUAUUACGUUCAAAGAAUCGGAUGUUCUCAGUCCGGGAUCAGACUUGACGACUUUCACUGCAGAAAAUGUAAAAGUUGGUGUUGGAAUCUGCUACGACAUGAGAUUUGCAGAGUUGGCUCAACUGUAUUGCAAGAGAGGCUGCCACCUACUGCUAUAUCCAGGAGCCUUCAAUAUGACAACGGGCCCCGCCCAUUGGGAACUCCUCCAACGAGCAAGGGCCCUUGACAAUGAACUCUACGUUGCUACCGCAUCCCCCGCCAGAGACGAAGGUGCAGGCUACGUGGCCUGGGGACACAGCACAGCGGUCAACCCAUGGGGAGAACCGAUAGGAAAGGCAGGAGCAGGGGAGGAGAUCGUCUACGCAGAUAUCGACAUUAACGCCGUUGAGAAGAUGCGUACCCAGAUACCCGUCAUGCAUCAGAAAAGACCAGAUCUCUAUGAAGUUAAGGAUGUGAGCGAGAAGUAAAUUGGCAACAAGUGUUCACAAAUCUAUCAAAAUUUAUUUCGGAUAUGAUAUCGGAUACAAUUUAAGCUCAUUACAAUGAGGUCAUUGGGACGAUGAAAAUAACCUUGUUAUACCAGGUAUCUUGUUAUGAUACAGUGAAACCUGUCUAUAAAGACCACCCAAGGGAGACAAGAAACGUGGUCUUUAUAGUCAGGUAUUUUUUAUGUUCAGAUUCCUAUAGUACAUGUUUCAAUGAGAAUACAUUUUCAAGGGAAACAUGAAAUAUGUGGUCUUUGUAGACAGGUGGUCUUUCUAUACAGGUGGUCGCUAAAGUAUGUUCGACUGUAUCAGAGCACCUUAUAAUGAGUUUCCACUGUACCCGACAUAUGUCAGAAGACAAGACCAAUAUGAAAUCAAGGACACGAGUGAGAAGUUAAUCGGCAGUGCAAUCAUUGUGCAUCAGUGAAUACAUGAAAGUCGUUUUUUGCGCACAGUUACCAUUCAUUUACUUGUAAAAAAAUCUGUGGCGGCUUUUUUAUGGCAUAUCUGAACAAGUCUUUAGUGUAUUUUAUUAUUGAAACCAUAUUUUGUACCAUAUUUUAUGGAGGUAGGGUGUGUCCCAUGAUUAAAAAAUUACAAUUUUGUUGAACUGUUGUACUAUAGAUAUAAUUGGGGUCAGUGCCCCCCCCCC